AUGUAUACACUCGCUCAAUUCCUUGGCAACAUUGCUAUUGGGACGACGUCCAACCUUCUCAUGUUCCGCGCUAUUGCCAUUUGGUCUCGGAGCAUCUGGAUUGUUGUUCCUCUGGUUCUCGUCGCACUGGGCCAUUGGGCCAUUCUGUUUCAUGGGAUCAUCGCCGUGCGCGCGACUUGGAAUGCCGCCGUCGGAGUAUGUGUGGUAACCGGAACGUCAAAUAUAUUCCUUCGCUUGUUGUACAACUACACCAUGGCGUUUGACUUCUUGGUCCUGAUCUUGUCCGUUGCUGGAUUAAUGCGCACCGGGCAUGGCCGAGGCUCUGGCCUUUGGAAUCUCCUCUUCCAAGACGGCAUUGCAUACUUUGCUGUUGCGUUUGUCGGAAACCUCGUUGCCGCGAUUUUCGCAAUUUUGCAUUUGAACGCUGCUAUGGACAUCAUGUUCACCGUCCCAGCUGCCGUGUUUAGUGCCAUCGUUGCAAUGCGCUGUGUCAGACGGCUGUCUGAUUGGACUGGCAAGGAUGUAUACGUCCACUCUAGUGCCCGUGCCACUGGUGGUUCUCGCCAGCAGACUUCUGGAAAGAAGACGAACGCAGCUGGGCCCGGGGUUAACAUUGGCAUGGACACCUAUUCUAGCAAUACUGGUGAAAUCAGCUUCUAUCGUGGUCAAGACUCCACUCUUGACCUUGAGAGAGCAACGCAUACACGCAGUGUCGAGGAGAUUGUUGACAACGAUAAAAAAUAUCCUCAUCAGGCUAGCUUUAUGCCUAUUCACUAA